AUGGCUGCAGCACAACUCGGUUACCGCUUUACUUUCAUUGACUUGACGGAGAGCAAGACGGAUGGUCCGGAUGGUAGCCGCGUCCGUGCCCGGAGCCUUCCCCCCAUCCGGUCGUCCGUGGCAAACCCGGAGACUCUUGCCGUAGAUGCCUGGGCACACCUUCAUCUUCGCACUCUCCGCCAAGGGCAGGAUGCAACAGUUUGGGACACCCAACACUGUGCAGCCGCCCAUGCAUCUACAUGGCAAAGCAGGGUCGGUGCCAGAAAGGCGCGGCGUGCGUGCCGUAAUGUGUUAAUUGGUGCCUACGGUGCAAACGAGGUGGUGGCUGUCCAGGCAGGACUUCGUCCAAGGAACUUCCAGACGAAGUCUCGCAAGCUUUCCAACCUGCGCAAGGUGCUACAGCGCAUGAGCUUCUCCUCCAUCCUCUCGAUGGCUGCACAUCACUGUGAGGGCCGCGGCAAAGCUUCGAUUCUGCAGGAGCUGAGGGUCCUGCGAAACAGUGCUAGGCUAGGAGCUUUCGAGAUAGCCUCUGACAUUGCUCGUUCCAAGCGGACGAAGAGCGCGAGAAACGGUGCCUGCGGUGUCUUCGAUCUAGGCAUUGCAUCGGCUGGUGUAAUGCUUCCCGCUGAAGCGUCCGAGACAGUUGCGGUUGACACAUCCCAAGACGUUGGCAAACUGCAGGCUACAGCCGACAACAUGCUUCACACCAAGCGCGGUGUUUAUGGUGGGCGACCCACGUCUCCAAAGAGCCCCGGGGCAUCAACAGGGAGUCCGACGGAGCGUGAAAGCAAGGUCAAAAGAACCUCCGCCCGGCCACUUUCUCGCGAGGCGCAGCAGGUCCGCCAGAGGCGACAGUCAGCGACUUUGGCAAACAUGAAGCAGGCCUUUCAGCUGGAGGACUCCCGGCAGCAGAUGAAGUUUGCCUUUCCAGACGAGGAUGAGGUCCUCUCCAUGUCGCCGCCCGACUCGCCCUCGAAUGGCAACAAGAUGCUGGAGGUCCCUGACAUUGGCAAAACUUGGCUGAUCAGGGGGCGUACAUCUGGCCCUGCGGUCGCAAACCGCAGCCCACACAGCCAGUCGACCAAGUCUGUGUCAACGCUGCGAUCGCCAAAACAGAAUUGGUCCGCAGCCUCCACGCCCACGCUUCGCGAGCCGUUACUGGGACCAAGACCAGCAGGAGAUUCGGACGACGAAACCCUCGAGGUGCUGCGACAAGCUAUGUCCCACAACCAGGCGAAGGUCGCCAGUGGACAGGCACCGAUGCCUCUGACACUGGAUCGUCCCAGGACCACCCCGGCACAACAGCCAACUCCGCCUUUCCUUCGAGGUGUGGAGCCCAUCUCCCCUGGUGGCACCUUCAAGGCCGGCAAGACGAAUCCCUUUCAAGGACAGUCGAAAUCUUGGUAUUGCCUUGUCGAUAACGUUGACAGUUAUGCCAUGGAGCACAAGAUCAAGUGCAAAGCGACUGCGGACUUCUUGACCAAAGGCAGCAGCUGCCCGCGACGACAACUGCGGAUUGACUCGAAGCUCGACGUGCUGUGUGAGAAUGAAGGCAUCCAGGGCAUUCGGCGCUACAUCAGGCACAUCUGCAAGAACGACUUGGGGCUCAAGGCGGACCUGUCACAGGAGCUGCGGACGCGCAGCGAGCUUCCUAGCCUUCCGAGGUGCGGACCGAAGACAAGAAUCGCACCUCCUGGUGCGGAGGAAUCUCGGACAGUCUCUACCGUCUACGCUGCCAUGGCGGCCCGACGGAAGAAGAUUCCGCAAGCACCAAAGUGCCUUCUCCCGGUGCCCCAAAUUCCUGGUGCCUUAGCGGAGGUGGUAGAGAAGGAGGAUGCCAUGAACUUGGACUUACGGGGAAUGAACCUCCUCGACGACGAGGCAGUCCCAAUCGUUGCCGGCUUGCGUGUGCAAGACUGCUCCUUCAAGACCAUGUUGAUCUCUGGGAAUCCGCAGCUCACCGACGCCUUCUACGAGCCGCUCUUGAAGCUCGCUUGUGAGAGAUCAAUGAGCUUGCUGGUCUUGGACCUUUCGGGCUCUGCACACAUGGGCGAGAAGUCCAUCAGCCGUCUGGCCGAUGCCCUGCCUCGUGCGCUGAUACGUCUCAGAGUUCUGAAGCUCGAUGGGACUCGGUGCGAGCAGUCAUCCUGGCACGUGCUCCUGGAGGGCAUGCGGUGCUUGACAUACCUGAAGGAGCUGGGUCUCGCGGACAUGAGCAUCGGUCGUCGCUCUCAGGACGUGCCCUGCCUUGUUGGUGAGCUACCAGCUUCAUUGCCCCACCUCAAGAAGCUGAACUUGAGUGGGAACUUCUUCAGCUUCGAAGGUUGUCGUGUUUUGGCCCAGUCCGUGGAGGCCCACAGGACCCUGGAACACCUGGAUUUGAGCUACAAUGCCGGUGGUUUCAUUUUGACCGAGAGCGGGGCGUUGCCAUCGACUUCGGCGUCGAGCAGCCUUUUCAGUAGCCUACGAAGCGACAGCCGUUCUCAAGGGAUCGCCGCGUUCAACCCGAUCUCGCUCAUUUGCGAGGUCGCCGGCAAAUGUAAGUCACUCAAGUGCUUGAAGCUGGCUGGCUGCCAGUUGAAUUUCGACGAGGACUUUAUCCUGGAGGAUACUUUCCAGUCGAGCACCGCGCACGGAAUUGUGGAUCUCGACCUUAGCAACAACGCUUUCCAGGGCGUCAUGGGCGUGCGCUGUCUCCUGAGGAUCCUGGUGACUCAUCCAAGUCUGCAGAACCUUCACUUGGUCCAGAUACGCGAAGCACUGCCAUCUUGCGUUGCAGUACCAUAUGAGCAGUCGGAUCCUACAGCUCAUUAUGAUCUGAACUUGGAGCAUCCACAGCAUCGGGCAUUGCUGCGCAUGCUGCUCAGGCGCACGCAGAAGCUGUCGACUCCGAUGCAGGAGCUCUUUGCCUUCGAGGAGCGAGGUGAUGAAGUUCUACAGGGCUGGAACAAGACCCAAACCGUUCCGCACAAAGGAAUGGUAAGCUUCAGCUUCCGAUUCCCGAUGGAGCUGGGCAGCGACCAGGAUGCGACGACCCUGAUCUCUCGGAUCAAUCAGAAGCGGAAACUCAAGGUUGGCCUCGUGGACUUUGUCAAGGUGGCACAGCUCUUCAACAGCCUGGCUGAUGUAGAGGCACGACUUCUCUUUCUGGAGGCAAUGGCUGCAGACCUCAACCUCAAGCUCAGCCAUGUCAGGUAUCUCUCGGAAUUGGAUCCAGUGUUGCGAGGGGAAGUCGUUGACAGACUGCUGCCAGCAGUUCCGGAGAUCAACACUCUAGGUGGCUUUGACCUUGCUGUCAACUCUGUUCACCAAAAGGCUUCACUUUGCAGAGAUCGGGCUGCCAUCGUGAACCUGCUUCUCUUCAACCCCGCGUGUGCCGACGGGCGCUACGAGUUCGAUGUGACAGAACCGGCACAUCGAAAGAUGUUGGAUGACCUGAUUAUUGUCAACCACUGGGAGCGUGAUCGAGCCAAAAGACUGGGUCGACCAGACCUGAGCAAGCAUGGAGAUCACGAGUGCAUACGGAAUUGCUCUGUGAACGGCAACUAUCGCAUAUGGAGGAGCGCGGACGUACAGCUGCCACCAAGAGCAGAGAUCAAGUUCGACUACUGCUCCCCAUUCCAUCCAAAGCAAGGCACGCCAAGCACGCCGGAUCGAACCGUCCGCCUGCUCAGACAGGCCUUGACGACCAUGGACUUCAACCAGAGUCUCAAGGUGAAGGUCCUCCGCUCCGUUGCGCAUCGCCUCGUGCUCACACCAGAGCAGUGUGGCUGGCUUCUUGAAGCACUUCCAGCCACAGCUUUGGAGCUGGAUACGGAGAUCCGGGAUUCGCCACGAGUGGAGGCUUUCGUCGUGCUUUAUGCUCGGUGCAACGACAUCGCUGAGCUUUUAUCCGAUGAGGAGUGCGGACUCUAUUCCCUGGUCCACCUCACAAGGGAAGAGGUCCUGACAGUUCGAAAGCGGCUGGGCCGCACGCGGACCUGGGACAUCACCCGUGCCGGCCAGGAGUUCAUCAUCCCGCCGCCAGAGGAUCCUACGGACAUGAAUCCGGCGGGGAGGAUGGUGCUGAUGACACGCCGAGCCUCAAAUGCCGGGCCAGCAGGACCAGGUCUUCCUGCCACCAAGCCGAAGUCUCGUACAGAACGCAUGGCGGAAGCAUCAAUCGACGAAGAGCGCAUGCGGCCUAUCCUCAAGGACUACAACAUGCUUGACAAUCCAGUCUCUCUUGGCCACGCAAACCGUUACAUGAUGGACCUGACGCUGCAUGAAGACUGGCAUUGCGCACAGUGCCUUCUCCGCGUGUGCAAAGAAGAGAGCGGCGAAAACAUUGACGCCCCGUAUUGGAGCGAAAAAGCUCACUUGGCCGACAAGGGGUCCAAGUGGCUGGUUCCCGACGAAUGGUCCAAGGAGAUGCCCAAGGUUGGAAUCUUCGGAAUGACCUUCCUGCAGGGCUUCAACGAUCCGGAUCUAGAACUCCGGCUGAGGCUGGCAAAGGAAUGGCUGGGCUGGUAG